CUGGACAUUCUUGGCUCGAUUGCACCGCACUCUCAGUUUAAGUUUGUUUUAAAAUGGCGGCGGAAGCAUCGAGGCAGCUGCGCUAAGAAGACGGGGAGGUGAUGGUGGUGCAGCAGUAGUCAGAGCAUCAUCAUGGACCGCUCCGGCCGGCUCCCCUUCGCCCACCUGUAGCAUCAACAGGCGGCGAUGGCGAACACGACCCAGGGCACCGAGAGCCGGAGAGGCAGCCAGUGUGGUGUGUCCGGAGGAGGCAGAGUGGAGAAUGUCUCAGCAGUAAAAGACCAGACUGUCACAACACUUCCUUCUCCUGAUCUGCCCAACCAUACCAACCACAACUGCCAUGAUCCCAGCUCAUGGCCCUGCAACCUACCUGUCCUGCCCAGCGGCAUGCUAUCCUCUUCCCCGACUCCCCUCUACUACAGCAGCCCCCAGAGGAACCAGGCAGUCCAGGACCAGGACUGCCACAGCCUGGCUUCCCAUGACUCUGGCAUACCGACUCUGGAGAUCAACCAUCCAGAGCCCAUUCUCCAUGGCCACCAGCGCCCAGGGGACCGAGGCCUCAUGCUGGCCUCGAGUCAUGACUCUCCUGCAAUGUUACCUUUGGAAGAGCCUGCCGACAGCAAUGGCAUCCACAAGUCCUCUACAUUCCCCCGCAGCAGUUAUGACUCCAUCCGCCUCUUCAGCCCAGCCUCCAGGUCGUCUAUCGGCAUGGGGAUGGGUGCCGGUGGUGGAGCCUUGAACCGCAGUGACGACAUAUCAGUGUGCAGCGUGUCGAGCAUGAGCACCGAUCUCUCGGCUACGCUUUCUGUUUCCAAUGAGGACAUCCUGGAUUUCAUGGUAACCUCCGACUCCAGUGCCAUUGUCACCUUGGAGACAGACAACAGUGGCAUUGCUCAGUUCUCAGAUGUGAUGCUGUCAUCAUCACCGGGAGACUUGAGGGACUUGUGGACCCCCAUGCGGUGGCAUCUGGGGUCAGGUGCUCGACAUCUGGAGGAAGACGGCAGGCAAAAAAAACUGGGGCCACUGGCCAGCCUCUUCAACAGGAGCCUGUUUGCAAAGAAGGUGAAGGACAGUCGGCAAGUAGAGCAGAGGGAUCCAGGCUGGAAGCUGUUUGGGAAAACCCCACCUCGGGAAGGCCCUAUCAAGGACCCUAAGAGAAUCCAGAAGGAAUAUGAAACAAAGAGUGGCAGAGCUGGACCUGGCAACCCACCAUCUCCCAGGCAGAGUGUGAGGAAAAACCUGGACUUUGAGCCCCUCUCUACCACCGCACUUAUAUUGGAGGACAGACCAGCUAAUCUGCCUGCCAAGCCAGCCGAGGAGGCCCAGAAACACAGACAGCAGUAUGAAGAGAUGGUGGCUCAGGCCAAGAAGAGAGAGUUGAAGGACGCUCAGAAGAGGAAGAAGCAGCUGGAGGACAGGUGUAAGCUAGAGGAAAGCAUCGGCACAGCUGCCCAGACCUGGAACCAGGAGAUCCUGCCUAACUGGAGCACCAUGUGUACAUCUCGGCGAGUGAGAGACCUGUGGUGGCAGGGCGUCCCUCCCAGUGUCAGAGGCAAAGUGUGGAGCCUGGCUGUUGGCAAUGAGCUCAAUAUCACCCACGAGCUGUUUAACAUCUGCCUGGCAAGGGCUAAAGAGAAAUGGAAGACCAUGCCAGCACCUGCCUCAGAGACGGAAAGUGAAGAUGCUGGCUUGUCGGACCGGGAAUCAAGCCUGGAGCUGAUCAAACUGGACAUCUCCAGGACCUUCCCCAUCUGCAUCUUUCAGCAGGGCGGGCCCUACUAUGACAUGCUGCACAGCAUCCUCGGAGCGUACACUUGUUACCGACCAGAUGUUGGUUAUGUGCAGGGAAUGUCAUUCAUCGCGGCGGUGCUGAUCUUAAACCUGGACACAGCUGAUGCCUUCAUAGCUUUUGCCAACCUGCUCAACAAACCCUGUCAGAUGGCCUUCUUUAGAGUCGACCACAGCCUUAUGUUGACUUACUUUGCGGCAUUUGAAGUGUUCUUUGAAGAAAACCUACCAAAGCUCUUUGCACAUUUCAAGAAAAACAACCUGACCCCUGAUAUCUAUUUAAUUGACUGGAUCUUCACGCUGUACAGCAAGUCCUUGCCGUUGGACCUGGCCUGUCGGGUGUGGGACGUGUUUUGCCGAGACGGGGAGGAGUUCCUGUUCCGCACGGCGCUGGGCCUGCUGCGGCUCUACCAGGAAGUGUUGACCCGCAUGGACUUCAUCCACAUGGCCCAGUUCCUGACGCGCCUGCCCGACCUCGUCCCCGCUGAGCCGCUCUUCCAGCACAUCGCCGCCAUACACAUGACCAGCCGCAACAGGAAGUGGGCACAGGUUCUGCAGGCCUUACAGAAGGACCAGGAGCGAGGCAGCCCAGUGCUAAAGCGCUGAGCUGAGAUCAGACGAUUCACCAAAACCAUCACAUACUGACUCUACCAGUUCCCCUUCAGCCUCCACGAAAAACUGGACUCUUACCAGGCCAUGCAUGAGGCUGGCCCACCACAACUGACCCGAUUCAGACCUAAGCGAGGUCCAUGUUCACUGUGGGACAAAUGUGGGUUACAGCUGAGUCCAGAUCCAGUUGCUGUGGGAACCAACAAGAGGAGCCAAGAAAGACCCUGGAGGGGGGGUCUGUCAGUGGCCAGGACGACUGGGGGCUUAAAGAAAGGAAUAUGAGGCCUUAAAUAACUACCACCAUUACCAGCCCCAUCCUUCCCCUUCCUUUCAGAGACACAGCCUGUGGACCAGAGACUGAAGAAUGUACCACACAUUCCCAGACACUGCAGGCUCAUUCCUGGUCUCCACAGACCUCUGGAUGUCCCACACAUCCUCCACUUGUCUUUCUGUAUCUGUCUUCACUGCUCGUACUUUUCUCUUUCUGCCUCCCUGGUUACAGCUUCACUUGUCAUUUCAAUUUCUGUUCUUUUUUUUUUUUUUAAUUCUGAUCUUUUUUGGAUAGACCUAUACCCAACAUUUCGUGCCUAUAUUCAAGAUCUUCACAUAUGUAGGGCUGGAUAUUUUCUUGUGACGGUGGGAAAAGGUUUAGACCAUCUUGGAACACUCUUCAAAAAUGAGGAGACGGACGAUGACGUGAUCAGGUUUGCAUUGUGAUCUGGACUGUGAAUAGUCUGGAUGCAGUAAAGCUACAAUGAGCAAAAAGGCAACGUAGGGAGAGCAGGAAAAAUAAUGCAGAACAGCCAUUUUCGUGUGUGGACAUAUAGUGUGAUCUCAAAUCGCACCUUACGAGUCAGAUCUCAAAAAGCUUGUUGAAAUGACAGGUGUACCUGUAACAUCUCUGUCUUUGUAUCUCUCUUUGUCUCUGGUUUUCCUUCCCUGCAAGCUUUUGUCAGUCCCUCACGUAUGUUCAGGUUGAUUUUUACCUUUGUCUGCCUGCUGUGACCUCAGUGUGGUCUUCAUUUGAAUGUUUUUUUUGUUUUUUUUUAAGUGCGUGUCAUUCCAUGAAGUAAAUCUUCCCAAAGGACAAGCCUUAGGCUGCCAUUUUGGGAUAACUAAAACCUUAGUCACUUGAAAAGAGGCGACAGAGUUUAGAUCCAUGAAGAUUCAGCAGAAAUGCACAUGACAUUUUUAGGUGGACCACCUAAAACAAGUUUUGCAGUGUCUCUGAGACGAUGUUACUUAAAUGAAAUGUUCCACCGCUCUUAAAAGAGAGGUCAUAAGCUUUGUGUAAGUUGAUGUGGUUUUUACAGUGUAUUUAUGUCAAAGCAAACUGGAGUAGAUAAUGAGAUUGUGCAGUAAUGUGUGUGUGCUGCUGUUUGACACAGUAACAACACAAUGUAUCAGACGACCACAUCCCCCCACCUGCCCACUGUUUCAGGCACAUUUCAGCUCUUCUCUUUGUAGCGUUUUAGUGUUUCUUGAUGUCGUGGUAUGAGUGCAAUGUUUUGAAGAGGAGACAAUCUCAUCUUUGUGCAUUUAUUUGUUUGUCAAAAGCACGACUGGCCAAAAAUGGCCCUCGUUCUGUCCCCCUUGUUCCAGUCACAGAAAGGGUUGUCAUUGUGACCCCCACCACCCUUCCCCCACACCAACCAAUCAGUCUUUGCGUUCACACCGUGAGCAACUUGGCCAGUGUGUCACUCUGUUCUGACCAGUUGUGGGCGGGGUUACAAGCUCCAACUGUGUCUGGAUUCAGUUUGAACAGGCAAGAUGUUUUAUUAUAGCAUAGCAUUUUGACAGGAGCACUAAUAACAGCAAUAACCAAAAAUAAACAGAAACAAACUCAAUUACCAACCCCAAUGAUGGAUGCAACACUUUUCCUUUGAUUCAGUUAAUAUUUUUUUAUUUUCAUAAGUACAGACGAGUGCAAUAACAGUAAGAUUGGCAAAAAAAAAAAAAAAAAAGAUGUAAUGUAAUUUUUUGGUAUUUCCAGAAGAGAAGGACAUAGCAACAUUGGGACCAAGACUGGUGUGUUCAGCGUCUCUGAAAACCCCUAGGCAAACGCUGGUUGCGAGUCGUUGUGAGGUUCGGUUCAUUCGCUGCGAUGAACUGUCCGAAAAGUGAACCAGAAAGCGGAGAUGAGGCAAUAACUCUCACACUUUCUUAUCUGAAGGGAAUCAGUGGGUGAGCAUCAAGUCAGGACCGGUGCUAUACAGUUUAUUUCCAGUUGGUCAAAGGUCCCAGUGGGAUGUACACCAAAACAGCAUGAGGCAUGGAUGCAGCAUCCCUUAAUGCAUUUCCAGUUCAUGAAAUUAACUUAUGCCAAUAACCACAGAAAGCUGAUUCAUCCACACGCUGGCCAAGCCUCCCUGCCCGGUUCCCGGAAUUGGUUCGUCUUCUGGUGACUUGCUGAACACGUUGCUUGCGGUGUGAAUGCACGGAAACUUCCUGUCAUAUCGUUGGUUGUGAGCUGCCUCUCCAAAUGUGUCGCGCUACUGAUUUUUCGUGCAGGGGAUUACUGUAGCUGGAAUACACUGAAACCGAGUCGCAUCCUUUUCCUUUUGUGACCUCCAUCAACAGGGUGGUAUUGGUUACAUCUUCAUUUCACUGUCUUUUUUUUCCCUUGGUGAUUAACUGAAGGAGACGCACUGCACUGUUUGAAAUGCCUUUUGCUCACGUAACAAAGACUAGAGUCUUGUAAUCAACAGCUGAUGAGUAAAAUAUCCAAAAAAAAAAUCUUUGGGUUUUAAGACACAGCAAUAAGAUGCUGUUACAAAGAACCGAUUCAGCUUUUUCUUAAAUGGCUAGAUCCCCAAUAAAUGUCUAUGAACAAAUUAUUCCUAACACGCCCCUUCCAAGCAGUUAAAGUAGAACUGGUUUGGGAUUAUGGCUGCUAAACAUACAGGCUAUCAAUUCGGUUUUGCAGACUUAUCUGAAAAUACAGUCUGCUUCAGCGUCAGCGUGUGCUGCAGACUUUGUGAUCACUUUUCUAGAUGCACUCCUCCCUCCCACUCCCCCAGUGUGGUAAAACACUGCAGAACUGCAAUAAAUCUUUUUGCACAUAGGCCUUUGAUUUGUGCCUCACGUUAAUGUACAUACAAUGUCAUGGCUUGCAGUUUUAGUUUACCAUGUUACCCUUUUAAGUUCUUGUGGCAUGCAGGAAUACGGUGAGCAGCAGUGAACGGUUUCCAACGCAAGGUGAAUAGUGUGUUUGUUUGUUUUUUUGUGUAUUGCUUUUAAAAGCAUUUCUAAAAUGAGAGUCAAACUAAAGUUACCGUGUUACAGAAAAGGCUGGCGUAUAUGUGAAUUGACACUACCCAGCCCUACCAUUACUGUACAUGCCUAUUCUAGCCCCUCUAUCACAAAACGCAUAUUGGUAUAGAUAAAAUUUGAAAUAUUUAAAAUCAGACUGUAAUAUUGUUAAUUUAAUGUUUGGUUUACUGGAUGUCAUUUAAUUUCUUGAGCUUUCUGUUUUGCGUUGUUUGAUUUUUCAAGAGACCCAUGUCUGCUGUCGAGGACCGGACUGAUGAGUAUGAAUAGAGUCAGCAGAGGGGUCACCAUGCGACUGUAUCUCACUUGAAGUGUAUAUAAACUGGUUUUAAUAAAUAAAGAGCUGUACAUAUUGGACCAGA